GGCCAGCGCUGCCCUCCGUACGUGAUCAACCUGGACCCCGCCGUGCACAGCCUGCCCUUCCCCGCCAACAUCGGUGAGUCCUGCCGCGCCGACGCGAGCCCGGUUCGCUGGUGCUGUGCUAGGUGGUCGGCAGCUUGAGAUAUCCGGGACACUGUAAAGUACAAAGAAGUCAUGAAACAAUAUGGGCUGGGCCCAAAUGGUGGAAUAGUGACCUCUCUCAAUCUUUUUGCUACAAGAUUUGAUCAGGUGAUGAAGUUUAUCGAAAAAAGACAAAAUGCAUCCAAGUAUGUCAUUAUUGACACACCGGGUCAAAUUGAGGUGUUCACAUGGUCAGCAUCAGGAACCAUUAUAACUGAAGCUUUGGCUUCCUCUUUUCCUUCUGUUGUUGUUUAUGUGAUGGACACCUCUCGCAGUACUAAUCCUAUCACCUUUAUGUCCAACAUGCUGUAUGCCUGUAGUAUCCUAUACAAGACAAAACUACCUUUCAUUGUUGUCAUGAACAAGACUGACAUUAUUGAUCACAGUUUUGCGGUAGAAUGGAUGCAGGACUUUGAGACUUUUCAAGAUGCCCUGAAUCAAGAGACAUCCUAUGUCAGUAACCUGACUCGUUCUAUGAGUUUAGUGUUGGAUGAAUUUUACAGUUCAUUGAAGGUGGUUGGUGUUUCUGCUGUCCUAGGCACAGGACUGGAUGAUUUUUUUGUUCAGCUUUCUAAAGCUGUAGAUGAAUAUGAGAGGGAAUAUCGUCCAGAAUAUGAGCGUCUGAGGAAAACAUUGGAGAAAGUUCAAAAUAAACAAAAGAGAGAUCAGCUGGAACACUUGUGGAAGGACAUGGGCACUGUGUGUAUGCAGGGCGACACACUUGCAGGGUCUGAUGCUUCUGCAAUGGGUCCCUCUGAGCUGAUCCUAACACGAGGAACACUUGAUGAGGAAGAAGAAGAGAGGGAGAGUGAUACUGAUGACAUUGACCAUGAAGUUACUGAGGAGAGUCAUGAAGAACCAGCCUUCAGAAAUUUUAUGCAAAAGACACAGAUGAAAUACCGGAGAAGAAGCAAUCAGAAUGAAUGAGACCCUCAGAAAUAAAGGGUUUUGAAUCAAUUAUAAUGGAAUUAACAGUAAAGAAACAGCAGAAAGAAACUUGCAUGGAACCAUGCAUGAAGUCUUACAUCUAUGAACAGCUUCCUAUGAUACAUUGAUACUGUAUCUAUCUUUCUUCCUGCAGUAACUGUUGGUCGUUUAAGUAGGUUUUUAUAUCCAACUGACUGUACAUUUGGUCAUCUGCCACUGUGACUUCCUAAAGCUGAAGGAAACAGAUUGCACUUUCUUUUGUUCCAAAUUGUUUAGGUAUGUCUGUUGAGAGCUUAGAUUUUGAGUUUUGAGAGCAUUAUAAUCUUAGUGGUUUCCAGAAGUGCAGUCUGUUCACCUCAUGCAGACAGGUGUGGUACAUUUAGGACAGAAGUAAAACCUCCACAAAAUGAAAUGCUUGAUAUGUACAUGUUCUUUUUUUCUGAGAUAGUGAUCUAAAGGGCAUCUCUCACGUUUUGUUCCCUGCCACCCCCCAAAUAUUAUGGUUUUGGAGAUACAAAUGUAAGGUCUUUUAGAGAAGUAGACAAGCUUAAUUUAGUCUAUAAAUAAUUGAAAGCAAAGUAGUUUAAUAAUAUUCCAUCAACCUAGUGUUUGAUACUUUAAUUAAAUAUGUUUUAUGGAGUAACAUGUGUGAUGGUUAAUAGCAGUUUUCAUUUCACCUUUCUAAUGUGAGAUUUUUUUUCUGUCCUUACAAUACUUAAAGCCCACCCAUCCGGAUGCACAGCGAAUGCAUCUUACUUGCAUUACAUAGACACAAUACAGAUGACUCUUAAGAAAAUACCGAGAAAAUAAAA